AUGACAUGCCGUCCCGCCGCUUCUCAGCAGAAACCAUCCUUUGCUCCUGAAGAAACACGCCAGCAUCUCUGUACCGCAACGGGGAACCAAGCUAUGGAGCCGAAUCCUUUGUCCUGUGAGCAUUGCGGGGAGACAUUUCAGCGCCGCGAGCACCGUGAUCGACACGUGCUACGACACACGGGGCUCAAGCCGUUCCAGUGCAACGUCUGCUCCAAGUCCUUCUCUCGCAACGAUACUCUUGUUCGCCAUCGAGCCUUGCAUGGUAGUCAACCUGGGUUGACUAAAACACGUCGUCGCCGGCGUGGUCAAGCUUGUGCACCCUGUUCAAGGUUGAAGCAGAGUUGUGAUGGGGGCAAUCCUUGUUCUAGAUGUGAAACUCGCGAGUCAGAGUGCAUUUACCCUGCCAGGGCCUCUGGUUCACGACGUUAUGAUAGUGACACUAUCAUCGUUGGAGAAUCGCCCCAAGGCCAUGAGAUCCCUGUUUCAUCACCUAUGACAGCUCAAGGAGCAGACUUCGCCGAUCAAGAUGUUAUGUCUGGGGACCUUCAUGCCAUUUCAGAAGAAUGGAACAAUCCUCCUUCGAUUCCUUCUGAUACGAGUGGCAUCCCGACUAUAGCAUCAAGCGCCAUAUACACAACAGUCCCAGAUACUCCUUCCAGCUGGGCUUAUCCCCCGACCUUGCCCAAUGCCUUUCCUUUCAGCAGGGAUAUUGACAGCCUUGGUGCCAUGUCAGAUAACCCAUGGAUGCCUUGGAAUCCCUCGAUGGCUCAUUUCUCUUUUCCAUGGUUUAUGGAAGAAUUGCAGAUGCCACUAGAGUUUCCAGGACUAACAGACCUGGUACAUCAUCCUGAAUCUGUAGUUCAUAACGCAACCUCAGCUGCCCCAUCCCAACAGACAAUACCAACUAUGGCCGUGACCCGACCUCAGACAGCAACUGGCUCGACUUCUGCUCCGAGCUAUCUAAGCCCUGAACAUAUAUGCUCAACUUACACGUACCCAUGCCGCCCAUUCCCAGAACAACAAGCCAUUAGUCUGCAGAUGGCUGGGGCCGAAGUCUUUGGGCAUAUCCAUAACAUACCUCGUCAAGCCGUAGAGGGCCUGAACAACUUCUACGAGACACAAAGACGAGACUCAACACCAAUACUCAUUCCUCAAGAUAUCCUCCACGCAUUCGUAGAACUGUAUUUUGAGUACUUUGAUUCGCAGUUCCCCUUUCUGCACCCAUCUCGUUUGGAAGAUCCAGACCUCCCAUGGAUCUUAUUACUGGCCACGGCGGCAGUUGGAAGUCAUUACUCUGAGAUUCAAGGCGCAGACGAGUAUAACCUUGCAUUAUGUGACCUUCUCGACAGAGCUGUUGAACUCACUGCAAGCUCACAUAAAGACAAGAUCGUUCUACAGCAUAAGCGAAGCAGCCUCGUGACCAUGUGCUGGGAUCUUCUUGGCAAGGCUGAUAAACGAAGACACUCGCGUCAGGCUGAGCUUGAUACCGGAGACGCGUGGCAAACGUGGCUCACCAAUGAGAGUACUCCGCUAGUGUUCAAUCUUCGCGACGCGACGAGACAACUGCCAUGUUCCGAAAUGAUAUGGCAGUCUCGGAAUGCUUCAGACUGGAAGUUACGACAGGACGAUAAUACAGAACGUCAAUCCAAGCCAGAUGCCUUUGCUGCCAAGGUCAUUCUUCUGGAACUAUACAUCGACGACAGGAAUCAUUGCCGCCAAUUGCGUACUUCCCAACUUCUACAGUCGUCGUUUGCGUCUUACUUGAGCUGUGAAUCAACUAGUGACAAUCAUCAGGCGCCGAACCCUUCGCCUCACAGACCUGACAUCAGUCGAAGUGAAAGUACUCUCCUAGACACAACCAUCAAUCAAUUGGCAUUUCAAAACACAGCGACUUCCGGAGCCUGUACAGAUACAAUAUUCCAUGUCAUUGCGAUUUUAAGAUACAUACCACUUGAGACCUUACACUCCGCUACUGGCUGGGAGACGAAUAAAGACCAGAUGCUGAAGUCAAAGAUGCACCUCAAUGACUUCUUCAAGAACAACGGUGUCAAGGCACGUAAGGGUCUAUGGAACGCUGCCUGCAUAUUUAAAACGACAAGGAGUUCACGUCGUCUUGCGUGCUAUGAUGCGCUGAGUCUCACGGUAGCCAUGGGCUAUAUUUACUGCUACAGCGAAACGCGCGCAUCGUUGGUACGAACCUCCCCAACUUCAACACGGCCGUUGAUUACCCGCCUUGAUCAACUGCAAGAGAGAGCAGCUGUUGAACGAUGGAUUGAAACCGGGGGUGAUAGCGUUGUUCACUUGACUGGCGUUGGAAUACUGGAUGGCUCUGACCAUUGCGUUCGUUUCCUUCGAGAUUUGGAGAGGACGCUGGUAUCUCAAAUUGCUUGGCGAGGGUUCUGUCGUGCUUUCGCUAGUAGCUUUGCUCAGUUGAGACGUGGUGAGACGCCGACGAAGAGCUCGAGGGAGUACAAUAAUGUCGAGUGAUAGGAAAGUGGUGCAUUACUUAUGCAGAAGGAAGAGAUAAUAAAGAGGAAUUUUACAAACAAAUGGCAGUAGUUAUGUAUCAAUCUAACUACGAGCAGAC